UUCACCUGGCGGACUGACUGCCGAGACACGGAGGAGGAGGAGGAGGAAAACUUUUCUCUCAGGAUCCGAACAUGUGAACUUUGUUAAAGUUUGUUGUUUUUUGGAGUUGCUUCUUUUUUUUUUUUUGUGGAAGAAAUUGCGGCUCACUUGUUUUGAACCGCAGCUGAGACGUUCACGGCGCCUCGGACUCUGUGGAUCUUAAAAGUUGAGACUUGGAGCCACUUCCUGGUGGAGGAGCCUUCUUCUUUUCCACUCUCUCACGGUUUUCUCACAGUGUGGACUCUGAACCCGGCAGGGUGGGGAUGCAUUCCUCCAACGGAGCUGCGCACGGGCCCAAUGAGGGGGUAAAUACAGGUAACGGAGAGAGUCUGGCCAACAGGGACCCUGAAGCAGCAGACAGUGAUGGGCUGCUUCAAGCGCCGGUCGUCAGGGUGAAUGGAGAAGCGUCGCGCUUUGCCCACGAAGGAGAAACUGAAAGGAAUCCGUCAAGGGAACGCUGCCGUCCUUUUAGGGCCAGAGCCAUGCAGGGGAUAAAGGAUGGGCUGACUCAGACCGUCUGCUGGAGAGUCAAACUCUGGAUGGUUAUCAUCUUAUUACUUGUGAUCAUCAUUGCUGUGAUUGUGGGUUCAAUGGCUAUAUGCACAGCGACGCACGAGGACGAGGAUGAGAAGUUCGACCGCUUGUUGUUCGAACUUCCUCAGUAUUUUAACGGGAGCUUCCAGAUGCCAAACGUGGCCUUCACAGAGGAGCUUUUCAGCCUUUCAUCUAACUACAGCCAAACACUCGCCACAGACCUGCAGGACAAGCUGUCUGACCUCUACCGAUCCUCCACUGCUCUGGGCCGAUACUUCUCCACAGCUGAGAUCUCCGCUUUCAGGCAGGGUUCUGUGAUCGCUGAGUAUGAGCUGACGUUCCUGCUGCCUAAAGAGGGGCUGGAGGAUCUGAGACACUUCGUGGUCAGCAGGGAGAUGGUGUUCAACGUGUUCAGACAGUUCCUGUCCGACCAGGAGACCCCGGAGUCUGACCCGCUUUACAUUGAUCCCGAUUCCCUCAUCAUGUUUUAACACGCUGAUGACAAACACUCCAGACGGACUGACGUCUGUCCUGCUUCCUGAACCUCGCGUCGGUUUGCUGCUGAGAAUGUGGGUCAUGUGGAUGAUCCUGAUCCAGUUGAGUGUCCUCUGAGGCGGGUUCACGGAUAUUUACAGCCUCACAUUACCUGCUUUACAUGGCCAAACAAAGGAUAGCUGCAGCUUUUUAGUGUUUUUGAGAUUUUAAUGUGUCUUCCUGUGUGUUAUUUUAUUUUUAGUGUCAUGAUGUCCAGAUCCUCCUGGACUCGGUAGUUUCACUGUUGAGUCACCGAAACAACAAUCCAACCUGGUCGUCUGUCCGUAACAAUGUUGGUGUUAAUGUUUAUGGAAUUUUUAGAGUAUUUUUUUUCUCUGAGCGUGUGUGUGUGUGGUUUUAUUACAAAAACAACCAACAACACCACUGGCUCCGUGGUUUUCAGUGCUUCUGUAAACUGACUUCAGUUUUAAAAAUGUUGCCGUUUAAACCCCAAGCUUUUCUGAAACUGAACAAAGAACCAAGUGUUUUCACAAUUUUUUGUUUAAACAGGGCCUCAGUGUCACUGGAGUUUGUUUUUUUUAAAUUUGCCUUAAUUUUAUUUAUAACUGUUUAUACAUACGAGUGUUUUUAAUGUGAAAAGAAAGUGUUUAUAUUUGCAUAUCUGUGCCAAAACCUUUGCAUCAUCAUACAUUUGAAUAUAGUGGAAGAGCAAAUCCGAUUUAUUCUGACCGAUGCAGGCAAAUGAGUCCUGUGCUCGCUCAGAUAAACUCCUGUUUAGUGCCUCGUGUAAAGAAGGUGUGUGUUUUCUCUCCGCCGACCUGCUUUGCUCCUCGAGCUCCCUGAGGCUGAACAGCAGAGGGAGAUCAUGUUUCACAGACAGCAGCUUCGCUUCCCUCCUCAAACCUUCAAAUCCACUUACUGAUCGAAGUGUGUCACACUGUUUACCGAUCACUUCAACUUGUCGACCUUCGAGUGAGAUUAUGAUUUCCAUUAAUCUGAAUGACAGACUGAUGACGUCCGGCCGCUCUUCCACCCGGCAAGUCUUUAAAUAGACUCAUCUCUGCGGCUGCUUCCUGCAUGAGUCAUUUAUCAAAUGACAAAAAGCUGUGGAUUGAUUUCAAUUGAUCCGUCUUCGUUCUUGAUUGAUGACUCUUUUAUUUAAACUCCUGGUGGAUUUUUUUUUCACAACACCCCGGAUGCUGAUUUACAUGUGUGUAAAAAGAGUUUGUAGAAUUUCGCUCAAUAAUUUGCUCAAUGACCACUAAAACUUGAUUUCCAUUGUUCUGUUUUUGCACUGUAAAAAUAAAUCUAAAUAUG